AUGGUUGGUAGCGGAUCAAGUCGGUUCAUCGUCUCCCUUCAACAUGCUUUAAUUGGUUCAUUAGAUCCGAUCGAAACUAACCAAGAACGCAUUAUCACAACAACAACAACACUAACAGUUUUCUUUUUCUUAAUCGCUAUUUGCGCACCUACAAAGAAUAUAUCCGAAGAAGAAUGCUCAUUGAAAUAUUUAGAUGUGAAAGUGGAUUCAAAAUAUGUCAUUUAUGGUGUGACGAACAGUGGACGUCUUUUCAAUUUUAGUAGCGACGAUACCAUUGAAACGAAUUCGACGCCCGACUCCCUGUUACGCAUGUAUCUCGCACAGUCGCCAUAUCAAAACUACGUUGACGGACGGAUUGUUCGAAACUAUCAGUAUGAAAUAAUUUACACCGAAAUUAGUCAUGCUCUGUAUCGCGUCAUACGAAAACGUCGUCGAGAAGAGACCGAAGUGGAUCCAGAAGGAGUGCCGUAUACGAGCGAAUACUUUCUGAAGGGCGAUGCAAGGACUGCAUUGCCAGCAACACAACUGAAGCGGUUAUUUUCGGUUCCGGAUACAAAAUUGAAUCGGUAUUAUGUGAAACAUACUGACAAACUGGGACUGCAUGGUGGUUUCUUACUGUGGUCGUCUCUUCGACUCAUCAAAUUGAAGGGUUUAAAACUGCACAAUAUCGAAAUGCGAUAUCGAAUUGUUGAAAUGAAUAGAGCCUAUCGACAUGUUGACGAAUCACGUCUAUGGAAUGAUUUAACAUCAAUUGAAGUCAUCGCACCUGGUGAAAGUAAU